CGAAGAGAACAGUUGUGAUUAUGGAUCGUCUGUGGACCUGGUUCCCGACAGGCCGCCGGGGCUCUUACAGCCCCGCCGAGCCGGAGACGCCCAACGUGAACGGGGCUAAAGAGAAGAUAACAGGAAAGAAAAAGUGGAGGAAUAUCUUCAGCAGGGACCGUAAGCCCAAAGAUGCAGGAAAGCUGCUGAAGGAGGAGGCUCUGGAGGGCCAAGUGCCCCAGAAAAAAGAAAAGAAAAAGUGGAAGAACAUCUUCAGCAGGAACCGUAAGCCCAAAGAUGCAGGAAAGCUGCUGAAGGAGGAGGCUCUGGAGGGCCAAGUGCCCCAGCCUGGUGUACUGGAGCUCCACGCUGACACUGAGGCUGGAGCUCUGACAAACACCAGCCUGCAUGAGACCAGGGGUGAUACCGAGAUGCUCCUGCCUGUGAAGGAGCUCGAACCUGAUGCCGAAGCCCUGACUAACACCAGCAUGGAUGAGACCAGGGGAGAUACCGAGAUGCUCCUGCCUGUGGAAGAGCUCGAAGCUGAGGCUGGAGCUCUAAAAAACAUCAGCCUGCAUGAGACCAGGGGUGAUACCGAGAUGCUCCUGCCUGUGAAGGAGCUCGAACCUGAUGCCGAAGCCCUGACUAACACCAGCCUGGAUGAGACCAGGGAGAUCAGCUUGGAUAACACCAGGGGUGAUGCUGAGAUGCUUCUGCCUGUCAGAGAGCUCGAAGCUGAGCCUAAAGUCCUGAACAACACCAGCCUGGAUGAGACCAAAGACAACGCUGAGAUGCUCCUGCCUGUCAGUGAGCUCGAAGCUGAGCCUGAAGUCCUGAACAACACCUGCCUGGAUGAGACCAAGGACGUUGCUGAGAUGCUUCUGAUGGUCAGAGAGCUCGAAGCUGAGGCUGAAGCCCUAAAGGACCUGGUCAAGACCAGCCUGGUUGAGUCUGAGGAGACCGAGCUUCAGAACAGAGGAGACACUGAAGCUGAUUUAUUCAGCAAAGGUGAUGAUGGUGGCAUCAGUGGAGAACACGGCCGGAGAAAGAAAAUCAGGAGAGGAACCCGGGGACGCGGCCGUAAGAUAAACCACAAAAAGAAGGAAAAUAACGGAUCUGAAAUGAUAAAUGAGGUGAAUGCUGAAGCAGAAGCUGAGGUUGUUGAGAUGAGAAAUGUCCAUCCCGAUGAGAAGGACUCAACCGCUGUUUUGCUGAAACAUGACCAACCUCUGGAUGAGGAAAAACGGCAGCUGAUAGGUCAAGGUGACCUAAAGGACCCAGAGGACACAAUGCAGGAGAAGAACAUCAUACAAGGCACUCAAGAUCGCGGCCGCAAACUCAGAAGAACAGAAGCAUGUGCUUUUUACUGCAAACGUGAAAAAGCGCCACGUCGACCUUAGAAAGGUGUUCUGGGUAAAGAUCAAUGUGUGCACUAAUAAAACCAAUAAAGCACAGCAGUAAACCAU